AUGGGAACUCAGCGCCAGCUCAAACCUGUUCCUUCUCGGCUUGGCGACGAACUAGUCUCUCUCGAAAGGAGAGAUGGCCAGCAACGCAAGCCAGCGCUUCAACCGGAGAAGUCGGAAUCAGAACCGGAGAAGUGGCCUCGCCCAUCUAAACAUCGGAACUUCUCUUGUCACCGUGGGAAGAAGACAUUUGUUGAUACCGAAAAUGAUGAUUCUUGGGGAUGGUUCUUUCAACAACUAAGCAAGGCAAUUCCCGAUGACGAAGAACUUGCAAUAAUUUCUGAUAGGCAUAAAGCUAUAGGUAAUGCUAUUGGAAAAGUGUAUCCUAAGUCUAGUCGCGGAAUUUGCACGUACCAUCUUUUCAAAAAUAUAUUGCUACGGUUCCAAGGUCGUGAUGCAUUUAGAUUGGUUAAAAAAGCUGCAAGUGCUUUUACAUUGGCUGAUUUUAAUACAACAUUUGAAGAGAUCCAAGCGAUGAAUCCAGGAUUACAUAAAUAUUUGGAAACUGCUGGUAUACAAAAUUGGGCUCGUGUGCAUUUUCCUGGGGAUAGAUACAACUUAUUGACGACAAAAAUUGAUGAGUUCAUCAGCAAAGUCAUCUCAAGCUCAAGAACUUUGCCCAUUGUAAAACUCUUGGAUGUGUUACGGUUAAUGAUGACAAGAUGGUUUACAAGUAGGAGGACAGCUGCAGGAACAACGAAGACAACCUUGACUUGUGCAUUGGAGAUACUUUUGGAGAAACGUGUACCAAAUGCCAAGAUGCUUACAGUUCAAUCAAUCGAUUUGCAUCAUUCACAAGUUACAACUGGUUCGUCUCUGCAUAUCGUUAAUUUAGCAGGAAGACAAUGUACUUUUCGUCGUUUUGAUAAGGAGAAGUUACCAUGUGUUCAUGCCAUCGCGGCGGAAGAAGCACGUAAGCAAAGCAGCAUAUCACUUUGUCACCCUUAUUAUCACAGCUCAUACUUGUGGAACGCUUAUUCCACUUCCAUAAUGCCAAGAGAUGCUGCAUCACCAGUUCCAGAAAAUAUCGAAACAAAGAUUUGCUUGCCUCCGGUUAUACAUACACAACCUGAAAGACCCAAAAAUUCAAGGAUGAAGUCGGCUUUGGAGAAUGCCACUGAGAAAAAACGACCUAGAAAACAACAUUUAUGUUCAAAGUGUCAUCAAUCUGGACAUAACAGUAAGACCUGCAAGGUUCAGGGUGUUGUGUUGUACCCAGGUGGCUGA